AUGCGUUCUGCCGAAACUCGCGAUUCGCAACAGAUGCGCGUCGGCCUCCUCAGAUGCCAGGAGGAACAGAAGCCGUCUCUGGCCGAUGGGGCCGUGUGCGGCCGAUUCCCCGUGACGGGCGCAGCGUGCAGGGGCUGGCACCUCUCUGACUGGGUGGAGAUCCUUGAGCCACGGUCGCGCGAGCGCAUGUAUGUGAACCUGGCGACGGGGGAGUGCGGCUGGGAGCCCCCCCCCGACGUGGCCGUGCGCCAGUCCGACGGCAGCCAGUGGUGGGAGCUCUUUGACAGCAACAACAACCGCUUCUACUACUACAACUCGGCCAGCCAGCAGACGGUGUGGCACCGGCCGCACAACUGCGACAUCGUGCCCCUGGCGCAGCUGCAGGCCGUCAAGCGCAGCUCCGAGUCCGAGGUGAAGGGCCACCGGGGCCGACACACCCCCCUGCCCGGGGCCGGCCCAGCAAACCUGGCACAGGACCCGGACGGCGGCGAGACGGAGGCUGGGGGCGCGAACCGCACCGACAGCCUGGACAGCAGGAAGGAAGCCUGCAGUGAAGGAGUCGCUGUCCCCCCUCCACAUUCAAACAUCGCCACUGCUGGCUGCCUGUGCUCACAGCUCCAGCCCGCCGCCCCGGUGGCUCGGCAGAGGUACAGCGCAGCCAGGCUGCAUUUGGGGCAUUUGCCAAAAGACUCUGCUAAGGAAGCACUCCCCCCACCCCCGAGCGAUUACUCUCACUGUCACAGCGGGACGCACCCGGGUCUGCUCGGAAACGCUUCAGGGACCCUCAGUGCGAGGGUCGUGGGGGACUCUGGCCAAAGAUGGCAGCCAGCUCCUGGUUCCAAGGCGGCUCUGCUGGUGAAGGUGAACAGCAUCGGCAGGAACCAGGCGGCCAGUCACGCUAGUGCCCCGCCGCACCACAGCGGGGGUGCCGUGAGCCUGGCUGCGGGGGGGCAGGCAAUCCGGGUCCAGGCGAGCUCUUCCGGCAGGAUGGCGGAGCCCAGGCAGGCGGUGAACCUCAGGAAGGGGGACAACGGGAGCUUCAGGGCCACCUCCUCCUCCUCCCCAACAUACCAGACCCCGCAGCGGUCACAGGCGGGGACCCCCCGGCCGUCGUCACCCAAAUACGGGGCUACCCCACCCAUCUACGACGAGCCGCCCCUGGAAUCUCCCAUCUACGACGAGCCUCCGGUGGAGAUGGAAGUGGAAGGCGCGCACUCACUCACCCGCUCCCUGCCGCCGCAGUACACCCCCUCACAGAGCCUCCAGAAGCAGCGGCUUCUGCCGCAUCCCACCUCCCACCAGGGCUCCAAGCACAAGAGGAGUCCCUCUGCCACCGAGUACAGCGCCGCUGGCAAGGAGUGCAUCAAGCACAUGGUGAAUGUGGACCCCGGGGCCAGCCGGCAGCCCGCCCUGUCCGAGCUCACCCCGCCCAAGAAGGAGGCUGACAAGAAGCACUCGUGGCGCCUCCUAGAGGCGGGCGUGCUGAAGAGCAUGGAGGCGCGGCACAGCCGGCAGAACAGCGCCGCCUCGCAGGAGUACGGCAGCCCCAGCGGGGCCGGCCACCAGGACUCGGGCUACUCCACGGGACCCUCGCCCAGCUUGCGGCGCAAGACCUGGCAGCGGCAGCUGGCGGCGCAGGGCCGGCCCGGCUCGGCGGGCAGCAGCGGCGAGCUGGGCGUGCUCAGCGAGAAGCUCAUGGCCGAGGUGAAGGCAGCGGUGAGCCGCUCAAGCACCCUGAGAGGCAGCAAGGGCAGCCUGGACACGGAGAUGUGCGAGAGCUCCGCCCCCCACGGCGGCGGCCUUAGGAAGCACGCCGCCCGCGAGCACGUGGGCUCCAGCAAUUGCUCUCUGUACCGCUCCGGCAGCCACGGCGACGCCCCCGUCUCCCCGCUGGCCUCAGAGGGCACUGGCCGGCAGAAACGCACCUAUGAGAAGGUGGACUCCAUGGAAAAGAGCGUGACAAGCCAGAUGAGCCUGACCAAUCAGGAGGGACCCAGGUCCCCCUCCCAGGUACACACUGUGUGUGUGUGUGUGCGCGUGGAUUAUGUUUAUAUUACAUUGUGGGGACCAAAUGUUCCCCACUAUGUAAUAAAAGCCUGUUAUGUUGACAUUGUGGGACCAUUUUUCAGGUCCCUACAAAGAUCUGUGAAUGGCUGGAUAGAGGUUAAGGCAGGAGGAGAGCUACCGUCCAGUCUCCCCAUCAGUACAUACGCAAAGUAUUGUUACCGCAAGCUGCAGAAGGUGGCGGUGACCGGGGGGAAAAAGGGUCUCCGGAAGCCCACGCUGGAGGAGAUCGACCACGGGCGCAACGCCAUCUUCACGCCCUCGCUGUUCGGCAGCUCGCUGGAGGAGAUCAUGGAGAGGCAGAGGGAGCUCUUCCCCGAGAGGAGGCUGCCCUGGGUGCAGGUGCAGCUGUCGCAGUACGUGCUGGCGCUGGGUGGGGCGCAGACCGAGGGCAUCUUCAGGGUGCCGGGGGACAUCGACGAGGUCAAUGCACUCAAGCUGCAGGUGGAGCAGUGGAAAAUCCCCGAGAACCUCUCCGACCCCAACGUCCCGGCCUCCCUCCUGAAGCUGUGGUACCGCGAGCUGGAAGAGCCGGUCAUCCCCCAGAGCUUCUACCAGCGGUGCAUCAGUAACUAUGACGACCCCGAAGCAGCCAUCGGUGUGGUGCAGUCUUUGCCAGAGCUCAGCAGGCUGGUGCUCUGCUACUUCAUCCACUUCCUGCAGGUGUUUGCCCAGCCGGUGAAUGUGAGCAAAACCAAGAUGGACGUCAACAACCUGGCCAUGGUGAUGGCGCCCAACUGCCUGCGCUGCCAGUCGGACGACCCGCGGGUCAUCUUCGAGAACACGCGCAAGGAGAUGUCCUUCCUCCGCCUGCUCAUCGUGCACCUGGACACCAGCUUCAUAAAGGGCGUGGUCUGACAGCCGUGUCUUGGCCCGGCCCCGCCGGCCUGCUCACCAGCACUCUGGAUCUCAACCUCGGCUCUUUCCCGGACCUCGAUGGCACCUCGUCGACGACGAGAACCUUCGUUUCGGACCAUCCUCAGCUGGGGUUUGCUCCCCCACACUGGAGCGUGCUUUUAAUGAUACACAAUGUAUAGUUAAAAAAAAAAAACCAUGGGCAAAUGCAAAGAAAGAAUGGGCAGUCUUUUUUUUAAUGUGAGAUGUUUUUAUUUAGAGUGGCUGCAGAGUCUGUAUUUCCUGUCACCUUACACAUGGUGACCUUAAGUGACAUUUUACCAGCCUCUGUUCUCCUUUUCGUUUUGCUAACGCAGUUGCCUGCCCGACAGACCACCCCCACACCCCAAGGAGUGAGGCCUUACUCGCACCCCUCUCAGACACUUUAUUUAUUUCUGACCUGCAGCACUGCUACUUGACCGUUGUCCACUGGGCGCCACCAUCAACCGACCGAGGGAGGCGGAGGGCAGCCAGUGGCGGAUGUGUGCAUGAGUAAGGGGUGGAUUUCACGCUGCCUAGAUGCAGCCUAAGGUCAACAGUGAGUCGCAGAGCAUUUCUGCACCUGGAAAAGCUUUCAGCUGAUGUACUGUAGGCAUCUACCUUACAAACAUUGCGAUCACAGAUCAUCAUUUAGUGAAAGGCACCUUCGCGGGCCCUCGCUUGCGAGGCACACACAGGAAGACAGGAGCCUGAGGAUGACGCUGGUAGGUGUCAGAGGACGGGAGGGUGAGGUACUGAGAGCCUUCGGGGGGAGUGAUGCCACAGAAAUGAGGGGAAUCGCAAAGGAGCGCAUGUCCUGACAUUUCUGGAGGAGGCUGAUUUGCAGCAGAUUGGGAUGAGUAUUCAUGUCGGUCAGAGAUGGAUUUUAGCACCUCAUCCUCCCUCCUGCUGCGUGACAGUAAUGUGACUCCCAGCACCCUUUCGAGUUGNGGGGGGGGGGGGGGGUUAAUCAUCCACUUGAAAUGCUCACUGAUGCUUCUCUUAACACUAGACUGCAGUGUGAUUCCUGUUAGGAGUGUUGAAGCUUGAAAAUAGUGGGUGCCUUAAACAACAAAAUAACUUGCUGGUUACUCAGUGACCGUCCCCAUCAUUCAGAGCAGACCAGAUUCCUUUUUUAGUCGCUCUUUGGUUGACAGAGUGCGUCUUACCAUCAGAACACACCCUGCAAACCUUCUGGCUGAAAUAUGUUUCUGGGACAUUUUCCAAAGGUGGAUUCCUACUACAGCGUCACAUGACACAAUCACCUCGGGGCUCUGCAUUGUCACAAGUUCUGAACUUAAGAGCUUGUAUCGGAAUCGCCAGAAUCAUCAGUACAAGCAGCUGAAAGCCAAACAGUAGAUGUACCAAAAUUAUCAUCCCUGGGGUCCAGUUUUACCUCUUUGGAAGGUAAACCAGAGGCAAGUCACUGAUGUAAAUAACCUCUGGUUUCAUAAGAUCCUAAUUACUGUGUUUAAAAAUCAUUGUGGAUACACUUGAUUAUUGCUGUUAAAGACUGUAGCUGUGUUCGAUUGCAGACUGCCUAUGCCUGACAUUUCAUGCGCUGCUUCCUUCCUCUGCCCUCCAAACCUGUUUAUUUAUGUGCGCUCCUACGUUACUUUCUCUGCUGCGUCUGGGCACUGUUGCCUAGUAACAGCCCACCCUCCCGUACUGCUCACUUCUCUCUGCCAUGGAUUCUGCUCCUUGUAUGAGAAGGCUGCUGCCCUUUGCUGUAAAUGGCUCUGCGGGCUUCCGGAAUGCUCUGUGUGCAGAUACCCAAAUGACGGUCCGUCAUAGUGACACUUGGUUGCAUUUAUUUUCUCCCAAAUUUCAUAAAUAAAUGAAACAUUUGUAAAUUUA